UCUGCCUCCUAGCGCCAAGAGUUCUCUGUUCUCACGGCUGGUAUGCGGCAUUCCUGCCUUCCAUUGCCCCAGAUGGGAUUUUCGAGCCAGGGGAAUUGGAUCGGUCGGGCCUAAAACCCGUGCUCUUCUGCUAGCCUUCAGGCUACAAAUCCGUGCUCUUCCGCUAGCAGUAGAUUCCAGCCAGGGGGAUUGGAUUGCAUGCUCUUCUGCUAACAGUCAUGGUUUCGGAAGAAAGGAGUGGCUUUGAAAGCCUCGACUGCUGAAAGGCUGACAAUGUGACGAAGAAGCCUCCUGCGGGAAAAUCUAAACGGACAGCAAAGCCGCAAGAAGAGAACCAGGAUCCGCCAGGGAAAGAUAAGGAAAAUGCCAGAUCCAAGCAGCAACCGGUGGCUGUGGAACAAAAGCCCAGCGACACUACAAAUGCCGCGAAGAAGCCUCCCAAGGGAGGAAAGGAUGGUGGAGAUUCGAAGUAAGUCCUCAAGAAGGCUGAAGUAGUAGCAACCAUCGCCUGGCACAUUCUCGAGAUGAUUAAGCUGGAAGGCAUCAUGAAGAAGGGGCUUAGCAAAUCCGCUGGAAGAGUCCAGUCUGCUGCCUUGGAGAAGGAGAUCGAGAGCUCCUCGAGAGUACUGUGCAGAGAUUUCUCCAACAGAAAGCAAGGGACAAGUGAGCUUUCCGGCACAGCUUGUGAGCUACAACGGCGUCAAACUGGACCAGUUGUCGCUCACUGCUGGCGACGCUAAGGCCGUAGACGUACUCUCCAGCACGCGUUCGAGGCCGGAUGGUGGCGGCAUUCUUGUCGCGCUACUUCACAGAGGAUGUGGACUACCGCUUCACGGCCAGGAUGGAGGAGCAGCAACUCGACGCUGUUUCGUCCGGGAACAUGAAGUGGAAGCAGUUCUGGCCAAACUUCCACGACAAAAGUAGCAGACAUGCAACAGGUAGACGACUAGCUUUCCGGCCAAGGUUGAUUGCCAAUGUUAAACAGCUCUUUCUCAAUUGUGUGAAAUCCUUCUGUAUAUCACAUCUUGGAUCUGGAUAGCCUUCAUGAGCAUGGAGGAAUAUAGACUCACGACUAAUACGAAAUCAUUUGGACCACGAAGACUUCCGUAUGGACGAAUCCUUCACGAGUAUGGAGGACUCUUUCUCCUUUUUCUUUUCCAGACGACUAGCUUUCCGCCCCAUUUUGCAGUAGUGUCAUAUUCCAUGAGAGCUUUUGACUUGUAAAGGUUGCUCGACAUAAAAAGGAAAGCCGUUCGAGCAGAGCUUCGUGGCAAAGAGGAGAGAAGAGAUUUAGUUCAUUGAAGGCAUGGGAGGGGCUUUUGUUCUUGGUGCUUAUGUGAUGCUCUGCAUCUCAGCUUGUAUACAGGCAUGGGAAAUGUAUGAGCCCCAGGCUUUGCUUGCGUUUAAAGGAGGUUUAUCAAAUCACACUGCUCUAUCCAGCUGGACCAUGGAAAAUUCUCACAGUCUCUGUGUGUCUUGGGAAGGAGUGACCUGCAGUAAUGUUACUGGUCAUGCUCGAUUUGGGGGGUCUCAAUCUCGAAGGAAUAAUCAGUCCGGAAGUAUCCAGGUUGAAAAAUCUGGAGGUGCUUCACCUCUCUUUGAAUAACCUGGUUGGCCCUCUACCAAAAGAGUUUGGAAUGAUGAAGAAACUGAAAACGUUGUAUUUGCCAUGUGAAAUUCCGGAAUUUAUUGGCAAUUUAUCAUCGCUUGAAGUUAUUUGGGCUGACAUUGCUAUUGGAGAAAUACCCAGGUCAAUUGGGCAGCUAAAAAACCUACGUCAUGUUGAAAUUUCCUUUGGCUAUAUUUUUGGGUCAAUCCCUGAGGAGCUUGGUAAUUGCAGUAAGCUGGAGGAGAUACACAUUUUCCCUGAUAACAUUAUUGAAAGUGUCACUCACGCUUCUACCUCUUCUCAAAGUUUUGUCUUUGAGUCAUUUGAAUGGUACUGGGGCAAUCCCAAAAGAAAUAUGGAACUUGACUCAUUUGGAGGAUCUUACUCUAAAACAUUGCUCCUUGACAAGCUCAUUUCUAUCAAUUACAACAUGUUCAGUGGUACGAUACCACUCAGCUUAGGACAAAUGGGAGGACUAAUCAACCUUAACCUUAGGAAUAACAGGUUCACAGGUAGUAUACCAGCUAGCUUGGGACAUCUAUCAAAUUUAAAUGAGCUACACUUGGGUAACAAUUUGUUGACUGGUGCCAUACCAAUAAAUUUAAGGCAGCUAUUGAAUCUGAAAUUUCUUGAGUUGAGUAACAACAGCUUAAAUGGCAGCUUAUCAUAUAUCUUGACAACGACUUCAAUUGAAUACUUGGAUCUAUCAGACAACAAAUUCAAUGGACAUAUGCCACCCAUUUCAAGGGACAUGCAAUUCCUAUUUUUGUCAAACAACAUGCUCACUGGGGAAAUAUUGGGAAUAAGUAUUGGGCCUUUGUGUAAUUUGAAUUACCUGGAUGUGAGUGGUAAUAGAUUAGUUGGGGGUUUGCCAAAUUGGCUCAAGCACUGCACUAAUCUAAUUUUUCUUCGGGUUGAUAAUAACUCUCUGAGUGGAAAGCUUGGAGCAGAUGUCUUCAAAAGCAUGACAAAUCUUCAAUAUGUUUCACUCUCAUAUAACAAAUUUGAAGGUGAGCUACCAGAAAGUCUAUCACAAAAAGAAGAGAACGACAAUUUCCAACCAGUUGACGGGAGUGAUUCCUCCAAGUUUGGGCUUGAGGGCAAGAUUCCAUUUGGCUUGGGGCAGAUGAGCACAUUUGAUAAGUCAAGCUAUUUGGAAAAUCCAGGCCUGUGUGGAAAGCCACUUGACAAAGAGUGUCCCUACAAUAGCAAUUUCACCUUAGUGGUUUAUGAGCAUUUCAGCAGCAGCAGCUGGUGGCAGGAAAAUGUGUCAUUCUGGGCAUUUACAUUUGGCUUCACUGUUUUGUUGAUUUCACUCAGAAAUAUAAGAAAAAUGCUAGAUCCAAACAGUAGGCAAUGCGAUGACACUACCAAUGCCGCGAAGAAGAAGGAACGAAAGAAGAUGGAAAGCCCCAAGGAAACUGUAGCUCCAAAAUGCGAGAACUGGAUCAACCCAGUGUUCGUGUAG